AUGCCCAUCUUCCAAGAUGAUUUCGGCAGCCGCCGAGGCACCCCGCCGCCCCCCAAAAUGACAGUACCUCGACCAUCGAAGUCGCCCGAGGGUGGAAGUUUGAUGGAGAGGAAGGUCUCGGAAGAGAGCAUACGCACGGAAUUAUGCGAAGGACCGGUCGCGGAUAGUCCAGAAGACGAGAGACAGUUUGCAACAGCUGGCCUGGCAUCCAACUUCAAAUUCCCCAAAACUGGAACGUCGGACAGAGUCGAGCUUAUCGAGAGAUUGAAGCGAGGAGAAAGCCCGACUUGGUUACCAAAUCGCAAUUUGGAGUCUCUUAUUCAAGACUAUGACCAAACUCCUCGAAAGCCGUCCCCCACUGCUUCGAACUGUUCGCCAUUAUUACCCUCGCCAGACAUUUCUGAUUCGAAGCGUCCUUCUACAACCGAGAGAGAAAGGAACCAGGCAGGAUUGCAGAUUGAGCGGCCGCGCUCGGCAUUACAUAGUGGUGACUUUACAGAAGGCAUACGACAAUCAAAUGACACAAGCUUGCUGCAACCACAGUCUGCUUUGAAUAGGCUGGAACAAACAUCCUGGAUUGCAACCUCGCCUCCUCGACACUUCUCACCUUUCCAACUCGAUCCAAGAUUUCCUCCUCCAGAUCUACUUGACAGGCCACGGUCUCGAGCCCCUUCACUGUCCUCAUCGUACUCCUCUAGCUUCGUACUGAAGCCGCCGACGAGCCCUUUAGUCCAAUCAGAAAGUAACGACGAUUUGGACUUUUCUUCCGGUAUGAAUCCGAUCGAUAUCACACCACCUUCACAGAGAUAUCAUCGACGACAUACUUUGCAAGCCUCACACUCGAUCCACUCCAUACCUUCUGUCCCAACGUCAGCUUCUUUUAGCCGACCCCCGCCACAUUUUAAGAGGGACAACACAUACCCCUAUCAAGCUCACCAACCCAGAAGAUCACUCACUUCCAGUCAAAUGCCCCAUCCCACAUCCUCUCCCCAAACACCACAAUUCCUGCGGUCCAGACGACCAUCAUAUACGUCGGACAGCUCGCCACUUCAUCAUGCAUCAAUGGUAGGAUCCUAUGAGGAGAGUAUUCUUCGUGGUCGAAUGUCAACAACUCCAUCGAGACCUUUGGACUUCGUGGCUCAGAUCGGUGUUCUGGGUCUCGGCAAGUGUAAGUCGAAUCUUCGCUGCCCGGCUCAUGUGACGAUACCAUUCCCCGCAGUAUUCUACAGCUAUGAAACUACGAGCCAUGGCCGCACACCAAAAUCCGAAGAUGGGCCAAGUCCAUAUGUUGGCCAAAUAGAUCUCGAGAACAGCCUACCAAAUCCGGACGAGGCGCGAGACGUAAAACGGAAACGACACAGCAAUUCAUCUCGCACCCGUGCUGAGGAUAUUGAUAUGAUCGACGGUCCAAGUACAAUUCAGUCUACGGAACGUGAAAUACGGAGGGCUGAGAAGCAGAAAAGAAGAUCGACAUCACCCAGAGCGCCACCAGGAGGCAGUUACAGAAUCCCUGAGACAGGCCAGCUUCAAAUCAUUAUUAAGAACCCGAACAAGACCGCUGUCAAAUUGUUUCUUGUACCCUACGAUCUCACUGGGAUGGAACCGGGAACGAAAACAUUCAUCCGCCAGCGAAGCUACUCUGCUGGCCCAAUCAUUGACAUGCCAAUUUCAGCCGUACAGUCGAACCCAUUAGACAGACCAACACUCCGCUACCUAAUACAUCUGCACAUAUGUUCACCAUGUCGCGGAAGAUUUUAUCUUUACAAAAGUAUUAGAGUUGUUUUUGCGAAUCGCGUACCAGACGGAAAGGAAAAGUUAAGGAACGAGGUCUCAUUACCCGAACCACGAUUCAGUAUAUACAAGCCUGGUCGAGACUCUAGUCUUGGCCUUGCUCUUAAUGGCGGCGCAGGCGCAAGUCUGGCAGCCGACAAAGCAUAUAGAAGGAGGUCGUCAGGUUUCCCUCUCGGCCAGUCCAAUCGAGCACUUGACUCAAUGGAUGGAAUUGCGUUGGCUUUAGAGAAGGGGUUUGGGGGCGGAUCCGCAUUUGAAUUUGGCCGUGGUGCAAGCACUACGCCUGUUCAGCCCAUUCCAUUCAGUCUGCGCAGCAAAGCUACUCGAGGAAAUGGGGAUACUGUACUUGAAGGACCUUCUGAUGUCCAAUCCCCGUCGUCGAGUAAGAGUAGUCAGCCGCCGAGGUCGCGAGGUUCAGGGACCGCCAUGUCUUGGAACAGCGACAGUAACAAUACUGGAAUUGGUGGCUAUGACAAGCUCAGCAAAGGCGAUGCUGGAUAUGGUGGCAAUUUCCUCACUGGAUCGCCUGACGGCAGAGUGGUAGCUGAAGGGCUGCUGGCAAAGAAGUUGAGGGACCUCGGCGUGGGGUUGAAAGCUCCCCAGGAUGAUUUGGAUGGUAUAUGA